UCCGACACGCGAUUUCACCGACUGCAGCUGCACCGCGCGAAUAGAACGCGUCAUUGGCCAGACUGCUUUUUGGACAGCACGGACACGGAGACCAUCACCACGCCCUCGAUAUAUUGUCAUCACACCCCAGCAUUGCGGCUCCGUCAGCACACGACCCACCAUGCCAUACAACAACACUCCUAUCGCGCCCUCGAAAGAAGUGACCGGCCAUGUCUCGCUUCCCCUCGCGCGCGUGCAAAAAAUCAUCCAAGCCGAUCCAGAGCGACUCACAGUAACCAAAAACGCGUCCUUUGCAAUCGCGCUCGCGACAGAAAUGUUCGUGCAGCACCUCUCCAUCACGACGCACAACGUGGUGAAAACGGAGCGCAAGCCACGCCGCAACAUCCAGUACCGCGACGUCAGCGGGGCGGUGAGCCGGACGGACAAUCUCGAGUUCUUGGUCGACGUGGUGCCCAAGACGGUGCAGUACGGGGCGUACCGGAAGAGGAAGGCAGCGGCGGAUGAGGAGCAGGUGCUGCACGAGAGGGAGGGGGGGAAGGGUGCGCUGGACGGGAAGAGGAAGGAGAAGGCGGAGGCGAGGAAUGGCGUUACGCAGACAACGUUGCCGGGGAUCUCGAUGCAGUCGGGCGCUGCGAAGGAGCUGCUUGGCAGAGCUGGUGAUGGGCAGACGACGACGACGACGACAGCGACGAUGACGACAGCGACGACGACAGCUGCGCGUGCGGCAGAGAGCGAGUCAGAGAUACCGCGGAACGGCACACAGCUCGACCCGCUCGCGAGGGAGGAGCUUGUCCCGCCCGUGCCGGAGACUGAGGCCAUGGACGUGGACGACGAGCGGGCUGCGGGCAGCUCGGGCGAGGAGGACCCCGCGGCCAUGCAGCUCGAGAUGGAGAUGCGUGGGCCGCCUGCGCAGCGCGCGAAGGACAAGGCGUCGUCGGAGAGCGUGAGCGCAAGUCCAGUCCCGAGAGUCAGCUCUGGAGGCUUCACGGCGAUUAACAGUCGGUAGGCAGUCGUGCAAUUGCCAGGAAGGAGUGUUGUGAAUCUGCAUUGCAUAGACUGGCGUUGGCGGUACUCCUGGUGGAGCACAACAAUUGUGACAUUGGCAUUUGAGAAGCAACGCAGGUCAUUUCGCAAAGCGCACGUUAUUCUGUGUCAAUCUAUGUGUUCUUC